AUGGCUGCUGGAGGAGCCCGUGCCCAUUUUUCUCCAUUGAAAUUAUACUUGAGAAACUUGAGUGAAAAGAAAAUUUCAGAUGAAAAAGGAGCUGCUGAGAAAAGAACAAUGACUCUGCUUAAAAAGAAUGUCUGUCAUGAUUCUGUAUACAUAAACGCAGCUAAGAUUUUUCAAGGCAUUCAUAAUAAAAAGCCAAAGGAUAGAAUGUUAGUGCGAUAUGGUGAUGACUCAGUAUCUCCCAUGCUGACUCUUAAAGAUGAGUAUUCCCAGCGUUUAUCUUACGAACUCGCUUUCAGUGCUCUGAAAUAUCAAGAUCUCCUUGAAGAAAUACUGCUGGAUAGUCAUGUUUACCCAUGUCAUUCAAUACCGGAUGAAUUAACCAGCCUGCUUCUUGUGAUGCUUUAUGACCUGCAAGACAGAGAGUUUGAAGCACGAGUGAUAUCUGAUGAGGAGGAACCUAUAGCAGAAGUUCAGGAAAUAGAGAAUUUUCUAUUCAGGUUUAGGAUCAAAUUGGCAGCCGCACUAGCAAGAUGUCGCAUCAAGCAUGAUGCUCUUUCAAUUCAACACUUUCUACCAGAAACUAUAAGGAAGCACGAACAAAGAGCUUCUGCCUUGCCUUUAUGUGCUUGGAUAAACACACUGAAGACCAGCCUUCAAGAUGUCUUCAGAGAUCUGAAGAGUAAGGGAUUCACUGAAGUUGGAUCUGUGUCAGACUUCAGCGGUUACACAUACUGUUUGGACCAGCACUGCCACAACGUCUUAUUUUUCCCUUCCUCUCUUAAAGACGAACUGCUUAAUUUAGAUCUAUUUGCAGAUUGCAAGCUCUUACUGCAGGAUAAGUCUCGCAGCCUUGCUGUACAUUCUGUGCAGGCGCUGUUGAGCACAGAUGAUGAUGUUAUUGUGGCUCACCUGGGUUCCCACCUCACCGUCGCUCAUAUGUCGGCACUGAGAAAUCACAGCACGUCCACAGUUUUUGUUUGUGGUGUAAAAACUUCUGCAAAAGCAGCUGAACUGGGAGACUUGUUCAGUCACAUGGGAUGUAAAAAUAUUCAGUUGUUGCAUGAAGACUUCACUGAGAUUGAACCGAAAGAUCCCAGGCUUCAAAAUGCAAAAGUCAUUUUGUUGAUACCACAGUCCUCUGGGCUGAGUUUUAGUAAUCCAAUAGAUUUUAUUUUGACUGAACAUGGAGAUGCAGGAUUGCUGAAAGACCUCUACCAAGGAUCUGUGUCUAAGGACAAGCUCUGUAUUCUCGCUGAGAAGCAGCUGAAUGAGUUGAUGCAUGCAAUGAAAUUUCAAGUACAAUCUAUUGUUUACUGCACUUCUUCAGUUUACCCAGAAGAGAAUGAACAAGUAGUGCAAAAAGCACUGGAAUUUUGUGUGAAAGGAAAAAAACAAAAAACAUUCAGGCCAUUCAGACUGAUUCCUCCUGCUCUUCCUGCUUGCUCCAACCCAGAGUCCUGCACUGAUUCUUUUUUCAAAAUAGAACCAUCGGAAAUUUCCAGCGGCUGUUUUCUGGCUGUUAUAGCAAGAGAGACAGACUCUUCCAAAAAUGUGUCCGCUAAAGAUAUUUUGUCUCAAGCUGCAGCAAAAGGACUACUACUAGACAGCACUCUAGGUAAAUCAAAGGAAGAAGAGAAGCAAGGGAAAGUAGCACAACAUGGAAGUGAUGCUACUCAUACUCGCAUAGAGCCAAAGACUGCUGCGGUCCCUCACCCUAAAGCUGUAUCUAACAGGAAAGCUGCAGUUGUAGUAUCCAAAGUUGAAAGCAAACGAAAAAAAAAGAAUUCCAACCAACCAAGAGGUCACAUUCAGCUGAAGAAACCUACCAUCAACCCAGCUUCAGACACAGGUGUUUCUAAAGUGCCAAAGCACACAUCUGUUGUCAAGGUGCACAGAAAGCAGACACAAGUUAGAAAGCCACGUGCAGAAUGUAAAAAAAUGGUGGCAGUGAAGCUAGUGGAAAUAGUUUUUCCUCCAAUGAUAUCACCAUAUGGACAUCCGCAAGGAAACCAACACAGGAUGCCAGCUCAUAUCUCUCUGCUCCAGUCCAGACAGAGGAAUAGAAGCUUGAGGGACAGAGAACCUCCUCCACCUGUGUCUAAAGUAGUCAAACCAACAGUGCUCAGAAAUUCUCAAUCAGGGCUGUAA